AGGCGCUCAGAGGAACAAUUGUCUUAUUAUUCAAGUCUGUAAGUGCUGUUUGUUCGCCUUGUUUACCUUCUCUCAUGUCUGAGAAGCGCUAACUUCCUGGAAAACCUCACUAUGAAGUGAUGCUAAUCUUUUUUUUCUCUCACUCUCUCUCUCGCCAACUGAAUGACGUCUCACAUGGAAACGGGGCUGAAAACUCGGCGCACGCAGUGAAUCCCUGCUUGUGACUCAUUCAUUUUGUAUUAUGAGACCGGUUGCGGAGACGACGAAAAAGAAGGGGAUUUAAUUAGCUGUUUUUUUUUGUCUUUAAAAAAAAAUCAAUCUGCGCUUCCACAUUUGCGCUAAUCGUUUCUUUCUUUUUUUUCUUUUUCUUUGGACACUGUGGAAAUGAUUUGCGCCCCUGGGAGGCAGACGCCAACAGCCGAGCGAGCCAUCCCUGCGCUCCCGUGGACUUCAGUGCGAGAAGAAUGUCACCCACUUCUGCCGGUGUCCUAACGUUUUAAAUCUUGAUCCUGAGAGAUAAUUCAUUGCAUUCUCUCCAUCUGGUGAUUUGAAUUGCGUCGCUCCGAACAUCGCCUGUGUCAGUUUCUUCGCGGGUUUUUUUUCCCCCCUCUUUUGUUUCCAAUUUGGAUCAGGCAUAAAUGGACAAAAUCAGGCCAGUUCGUGUGCAGCGGCGCUUCUUUUAGUGAUAUUCUCUGACUGAUGGGAUGUAGCCCUUCCUGAAUUACGAGGAGCUUCACCAUUCAACAAGCUGCACCGCUCACUCCCGGUUGCAAAGAAGAAGAAGAAGGAAAAAAAAAACGAUGGGCGCAGUUUGCCUGAGCCUUCUGCUGCGUCUUGGUUCUUCAGCCCAGCUUGUUGAAUCUCCUCCCUGGUGACAAGAAUGGGUUCGUUUUAACAAACUUCUGGGUCAUUUUUUUGUUUUUCUUCUUUCCAUCGGCGGAUUCGCAGGCUCCAUUCCUUCCCUAAAAGUUGAUCAUGGCGCGUCCCGGUGAAUGUGCCAAGCUGAGCUCUAUAUGGAGGCUGCUUUGGCUCAUGAGGACUGUGGUGGAUGUCGCGCUGCCUCAGGAGACUUAUGCGCCACAUUCCAUACGGACUGAGGGGCAUCUGACCCUCGGCGGACUGUUCCCGGUGCACACCAGAUCGAUUGACGGCACGCCGUGCAGGGACCUGAAAAAGGAGAACGGCGUCCAGCGGCUCGAGGCCAUGAUGUACGCGUUGGACCAGAUUAACCAGGACGACCAACUCUUACCCAACAUCACCUUAGGCGCACGGGUGUUGGACACUUGCUCGAGAGAUACGUACGCCCUGGAGCAGUCGUUAACUUUCGUGCAAGCCCUGAUCACGAAGGACACCUCCGACGUGAGGUGCACGAACGGGGAGCCACCGGUGUUUGUCAAGCCUGAAAAAGUGGUGGGAGUCAUCGGAGCCUCGGCGAGUUCAGUAUCGAUCAUGGUUGCCAACAUCCUCCGCCUCUUUCAGAUCCCACAGAUCAGCUAUGCGUCGACGGCCCCGGAGCUGAGUGACGACAGGCGCUAUGACUUCUUCUCUCGGGUGGUUCCUCCAGAUUCGUUCCAGGCCCAGGCCAUGGUGGACAUUAUCCGAGCCCUGGGCUGGACGUAUGUCUCCACCAUCGCCUCAGAGGGCAGCUAUGGAGAGAAGGGAGUGGAGGCCUUCACACAGCUCUCUAAAGAAGCAGGUGGAAUCUGCAUCGCCCAGUCUUUGAAAAUUCCACACAACCCCAAGCUGGAGGAUUACGACAAAACAGUCCAACAACUGAUGGAAACGUCCAACUCGCGGGCAGUCAUCAUCUUCGCCAGUGAAGAAGACAUACGGGGAGUUCUCAAUGCCACCAAGAGGGCCAAUCAGGUGGGUCAUUUCCUGUGGAUUGGAUCUGACAGCUGGGGGGCCAAGAGCAGCCCGAUCCACCAGCUCGAGGAUGUAGCAGUGGGAGCAGUCACUAUUCUGCCCAAACGCUCCUCCAUUAAAGGGUUUGAUGAAUACUUUACCGCACUCACCCUCGAGAACAAUCGCAGGAACGUGUGGUUUGCUGAGUUUUGGGAAGAAAACUUUGACUGCAGGCUGCUCAGUGCCUCCAAGAGAGAGGAUACCAGUCGCAAAUGCACAGGCCAGGAGCGCAUUGGGAUCGACUCCAAAUACGAGCAGGAAGGGAAGGUGCAGUUUGUGAUUGACGCGGUGUACGCCAUGGCCCACGCUCUGCACAACAUGCAGCGAGACCUCUGUCCCGAUCAUCCUGGCGUCUGUCCACAGAUGGAGGCUGCAGAAGGAAAGGUUCUGCUGAGGUACAUACGUAACACCAGCUUCAACGGCAGUGCCGGAACUCCUGUUGUGUUUAACAAGAACGGCGAUGCUCCGGGACGCUAUGACCUGUUCCAGUUCCAGAUGACCAACUCCUCCACUCCAGAGUAUAAGGUGGUAGGACAGUGGGUGGAGUCUCUCCAGCUCAAGGUGUGAUGAUUUACUGAUGCUGACAACACAGACAAAAGACAUCUGUUUGUAUGUCUGUAAUUAAGCAGGAUAUCUGGGUGCAGAUGUACUUAUUUGAAUCUCAAAUACAGAGAGGACUCAGAUGCAGGUGUCU